UCGUCUCGCUGCGGUCGCGGUUAUGUGCCAUACAAUAAUAUACGUAUAACAACGAUUUUACACGGUGUGGUGUUCGGCGGCGGCGGCGGCGGUACGGGACGCGCGACGACUUCGCGUUCGGGUCCGUCGACGGACUCGCGACUUCGCGUCAUGUAAUGCAUAAUAAUAAUAAUAAUAUGAUAUAUUAUAACACGUAUUUUUCGCUGUCUUACGUCGCGCCGGCGGCGUUGCGGUAUCGCUGAACGUGUGCGACGUAUCGAUGCGAUCUGUUCCGGGAAAAGUGUGUAAACGACCGGUAAAAUAAUAAUGACGAAACGCUCCGGAAGUACGUGUAUGCUCGUGUGCGUCGCUUUUACGAUAUUAUUAUGAUUCCGAUAUAUCGUUAUGGAUUCAUUUUUCCAUACACCUGUGUAUCGUGUGGGGUCGACUAUACGGUAUGUGUAUAGACGACCGACCGGAAUCGACGAAACGGUUUAUUCCGCUUGCAUGGUCGUGUGCAAUAACGAUGCAUCGAGACUUAUAAUUACACGCCAUGUCACGUAUAUAUAAUAAUAUCACAGUGUAUACGGUUACCGGAAGUUUACAGCGAAGUCCUAUAUAAUAUAUAUUGUAUCUAUAUCUGUUAUUUGUAUAAUUUUUUUUUUCGUUUGACGCGACAACGACCGAAGACAUAACAAUGUAACUGUUCAUAUACCACGUCGGAGGAAUAUCUUACACGCGAUAAUGUAUUAUAAUAAUAUUUCAAUACGAUAUAAACGUCAAACAUCAUAUUGUUCUAACAUAAGCGAGAGGCCGUUCAAGAAGAUCUGGUGGUUCCGAGGUAUGCAGACCGAGACAGAUAUAAUGAGUAUUUUCAGACCGACGUCAAAAGCCCUGGCGAGCUUGUAUCCAAGGAGACAAGUCUGGCAAGGAUACCUCGUCGUGCGUUUACGGCGAAUUAGCCACAGACGCCGAUUCACGGUUCGCCGAUUGCGCCCGCUAGUCUACCCGCCGCACUCAGCUACUAUACGUACAGUGUACACCCGCCAGCCUUCAUUAUAUACACUAUACACGCCACCGCCGCCGACGACGACGACGAAUACGAGACGGUGGCGAAGGCGUCACGUGGAAACAAAUGCAAGUGAACACUUCUACACAUAAUUAAUUAUAGAUCAAUCAUCUUUCAUUCGCGCAUAAAAUUCAAACAAGAAAUAUAAUUAGUCCAAAACAAAUUAUUUCAAAUCUGGAUACUAUUUGUUUUUCUAUCGAAAUACAUUACACCUCAGUUAGCAUUAAUUCAGUUAGAUGUGUAAACUAUGUUCAAAUGUGUUCUGAAAAACUAUGGCAUAAUAAUUUGGUAAGUUUAAAUUUCUGUUUUAGUUCAGAUUAUUGUACUUGGAAUAUGCAUUAUAUUAUAUUUAGAUGACAUAUAUUUAAAUAUAUUUUAAAUUCAAAUACAAAUCGCUAUAUAAUAGUAAAAUAUAAAAUUGAACACGUUAAAACAAUUUCUUAGUUUAAAGCCACAUUUAUGAUUACAGCGGUGAGUUGAUUUCUGUAUAAUAUUGUUUAUAUUAUAGUAGUAACACUACUUGGUUUUUAUGUUUGUCAAGGUUAUGAUCAAUAAUUUUUCAUUUAAUAUUCUCAGAUUUGUUAUGCUAAUUUACGUUAAGCUAAAAAACAAAAACAAGUUUACUCUAUAAAAUACUGAUUGAAAUAAUUGCUGAACAUAGAUAUUCUAGGUUGAUGACCCGACAAUAAAAAAAAAGUUAUAAGAUCUUGCUCUAUGUCAUCGGUUCUAAGCUUAAUAUUUUAUAAUUAUAAAUACCAAUAUAAAAUGCUAUACAAUAACAUAAAUCCAUAAACUGUAUAUUUAUUGGUACAUAUGUAUGGAGUUUGG